CGGAGAUUUACCCCUGCGACCAUUCCGCCCGCAGCUUAUAUUCUUCAGGAGCGGCGACACAUCGAUGACAUCUCUUCAUGAACCUCCAGACGCCUCGCAUGGUGAUGUAAAUGUGCCUGAUGACACCACCAGGUCGAACGCACCUGUCACAAAAAGAGCCUGCGACGCCUGUAAACGUCGCAAAGUGAGGUGCGAUGCAAUAUCUACACCAUGUUCAAAUUGCCACAUCUCUCGAUUGGAGUGCGUUUACACGAUAGCACCUCAGAAGAGAGGACCGAAGCGUAAACGAGAUGCGACCACGCAACCGACCUUCAGGAUUUCUGAAAAUGGGUCGAUGUUAGCUGCAAGUGUCCAGGCGCAUCAACGUGAUAUCUGCUCUGGUAAUACCACAACCCAAGCGCGGACGCCGACAAUCACGUCAAGAGGCGCUUCUUCGACUGCGGCGAGACGCUCACAGUCCUCACCUCAUGUGCAACUGCAGACGGAACUUGCGCCCCACAUCAUUGCGGACCAACUAAUCACCUUGUAUAUGCACUACCUCUUUCCUAUAGCACCCACUGUUCACGAACCGUCGAUUCGCGCCAUGGUACCCCUGCUGGAAGGUGAUGGAGCCCACGGCGUUCUUAGUCCCUUACCAGCAUCGCAACCACCAUAUCACGAUAUUGGAGGCAUGGUUCCAUUACGUAACCGCACAAUGUUGACAGCGAUUUGUGCGGUCACGGCUCUCAUGUUACCUGCGUCUGUUUUUCCAAUGCGGGAAGAGAUAGGACGUCAAUUCCUUACGGCCUCACGCGAGACGCUGAAGUUACAUCAAGAUUACGAUAUCGAGCAACCCGACUAUACUGCUUUGGUGACGAGAUACUACCAUUCCAACGCCUUACGUGCUGUUGGCAGAACGCGGAUAUCAUGGCACAUACUAGGGGAAGCUAUACGCCUGACACAAGAAAUGCGGCUCUACGAAGAAUCUUCAUUCGAGAAUCUUGAUCCAGUGGAGGAACAUCUGUUGAAGAACAUAUUCUGGCAGCUUCAUACUGCUGACAGAUCUGCAUCCAUCCUAAACAGUCGUCCAAUAUCGCUCCAUCGCCUAUGUGUAGGAGCUAAACCCACCACAUCUUACUGGCGCCGCCCCUCAUCCGACGCGCCUUUGCUGGACCAUUCGACCACGCCAAGCGCUCUCGAUAUAGAGAGCAUGAUCAGCCAGGGAUUUGAUCUUUAUCAAGACCUAUGGACGAAAGCAUCUGACAUAAUCAUCAAGUUCGAUACUUUGGAUGUUUGGAACGAAGGCAUUUCGGAUGGCUCUGCGUUGGUUGGCCCUCAACACACGAUAGUUAUCACUGACUAUCUCGAUUUUAUUGGCAUGAUCGAUCACUUUCGAUUUGACGUCAAGGUGCCAGAGACCACGAAUACAUCUGAUCCAGCAACCAUAGCCAGGAUUCAACGGGCUUUUGACAUCCAAAGGGUAAAUCUAUGCAUCACCUACUAUUGUCUGAAGCUAGUGCUGCUUCAGAGAUUCUACGAUGGCGGAGUAGCUGAGCAUCUCGGCGUUCCAGGGAGGGCAUAUGGGAUUGCGUUGAGAAAGAUCGAUGUUGCUAGUGACAUGGUUCGCAUACUAUCAGAAGCAUCAUUUGAGACCCUUCAAGUGAAUGGAGAGCCUUGCGUAGAGCAGAUACGACGCAUGGGAGCGACUCUACUCAAAAUUGUACAAGAGACCGAUAACUCAUCCCUGAAGGAGCGCGCGAAGUCGUUGUUUCUCACCCUCUUGGAUGUACUAUCGAGACUGGAUUCUCGCGUCUCCGAAGAGCUCGAUUAUAAUCGGGGCUUUUGAAAUAUUCGGCGAUAUAUCAAAGACGUACUACUACAGCUAAUAGUGUACAACCCAAAUCCACGCCUUUUAAGCUUACAAGACAUUACACACUCUCGGAUGGAAAUGCGCUAUCCUUCUGCACCGCCACUUUAAUCACCGCGGUCAGCUGCACGACAUCAGAGCUUUGACCGUUGAGCGUACGAAGGCCCGUCAUGGCUUUCUUAUGCUGUUAGCUAAGGUUCAGCGAUCCAGGAAACUAGGGGAGGGGUAACGUGCCCAGGACAAUAAUCACCGCUGGAGCCAGUAGCUACGCAAGGAUAGGCAUGCGCCAUCCCCAGUCAAAUUUAAUGUACUAUCUAUCGUAGCCGACGAGUACGCAAGACGA